AAGACCUGAACAACACCUCAUCAUCAUGCCUCUCUCGAAUUUUUCGCCAAAAUGAGUUCGAAUUAAUCAAUUCCACCACAAUUUUUGUGUUCGCCCUCAACAGAACGAUGCAUGAUUUUACGCUCUCGGAAAAUAAAAGCUAUGCAUACGUUUGCAUAAACGGAACAAACAUUUAUGAUCAAAUAGAGUACAGAAGACUGACAAUUUAUUUUUCAAAAGAAGAGAGUCUGUUGUCUUUCGUUGGUGGAAUUUUGUCAUUAACGUGUCUGCUAGUGUGUUUGACUGUUUACGUUUGUUUCCCCAAGCUGCACAAUGUUCCUGGCAAAAACCUUAUGUGCUUGAUGGCAUCCUUAUUCAUUGCUCAAUUGUUACAUUUAAUAGCACCAUUUAUCUUCGAGAUGAAAAACCAAAGUUUAUGCAAGAUCCUAUCAGUUGUAACGCAUUUUAGCUUCAUAGCUGCUUUCUUUUGGAUGAAUGUGAUGUCUUUCGAUAUAUUUUUCACAUUUUCAAGGGGGUUCACUAAUUCGGGUGAACAUUCUUCAAAGCGUGUGCAGUUUUACAGGCUCUAUGCUUGGUUGGGUGCUAUUAUUAUAGUUGGGGCUGCAGCCUCGGUUGAGUAUGCUUCGAAUUCAAGUUUUAAACCUGGAUAUGGCGAGGGAGUCUGUUGGAUUUCAAAUAGCAGAGGUUUAAUUGUCUUCUUUCUGGUCCCCAUCGCAAUUCUGUUGUUUUCAAAUUUUGUUUUCUUCAUUAUAUCUGCCAUAAGUAUACACACGUCAUCCAAGAACACUUCCCGGAUUCUGAAGAGAAAGAACACUUGCAAAUUACUAAUUUACACAAAACUUUCGCUUGUGAUGGGGUUAACCUGGUGUUUUGGUAUCUUGGCAGCGGCAACUAAUAAUCAGGCGUUGUGGUAUUUGUUCAUUUUCUUCAACACUUUACAAGGAUUCUUUAUAGCAACUUUCUUUGUAUGUACGAAAAGAGUGCUCAAAAUCGUGCGAGAUAGCGCAUCUUUAUUUUCUUCCAGUACUGGACCCUUUACAGUUACAAAAUCUCUAACUUCAAAGCUUGAGGGUGAGGAAGGUAGGAAUGCUUCUAAGAAAGGCCGAUAUUAG